AUGUAUGAGGCUGCAAACGGAACCACUCCUUGCGGUCGUCUGGCCGGCAAGAAUGCCAUCAUUACUGGAGCAGCAGGUGGCAUUGGGCUGGAAACCACGAUUCUGUUUCUUCGUGAAGGCGCCAAUGUCUUGAUGACCGACAUUUCUGAGCCAGCUCUUGAGAAAGCGCUUGCUAAGGCAAAGAAACACGCUCCAAAUGCUCACGGCAGAGUGGAUACCGCCAAAGUAGAUGUCUCCAAGGAGGCGGACAUUCAGGCAGUCAUUGGGAAACUCGACGCUUGGGGUGGCAUCGAUGUUAUGUUCAACAACGCAGGUAUCAUGCAUGGCGAUGAUGCAGACGCCAUCGACACUCCGGAGAAGAUCUGGGACUUGACACAGAACAUCAAUGUCAAGGGAGUCUGGUUCGGAAGCAAGCAUGCUGUGCUUUCUUUACGCAAGCACAAGAAGACCCGAGGCAGCAUCAUCAAUACGGCCUCAGUCGUUGCCCUUGUCGGAUCCGCCACUCCUCAGCUGGCAUACACAGCCUCAAAGGGAGCUGUCCUUGCCAUGACACGCGAGCUGGCCAUUGUCCAUGCGAGAGAAGGUUUCCGCUUCAACGCUCUCUGCCCUGCUCCGCUAAACACUCCACUCCUUCAGGACUGGUUAGGCGACGAUCAGGCCAAGCGUCAUCGGCGUGAGGUGCACUUCCCAACUGGACGCUUUGGCGAGGCAAUCGAGCAGGCCCAAGCCGUACUCUUCUUGGCCAGCGAUGAGUCCAGCUUUGUGAAUGGCACGGACUUUGUUGUUGAUGGAGGUAUGACCAAGGCAUAUGUCACUCCAGAGGGCCCUGCCACCGCUCCUCCUGCGAACUUCGCACGAUAGUCGCACUGCUCUUGAUUCCAGGCUGUAGGCGCUUAAGUUCUUGCCGCUGGAAAUGUUUGCAGCAAAUAUGGACGGGCGGAGUAGCAGACUAGAAGUUCAUAGAGGCACGAUUUUAAUGAUACAAUUUCUCUCCGGUCG